GAUGCAUUGAGAUGCACUUUGGCAGAAGUUGCCCUGGACUCAAAGCCAAUAUACAAGGCACUCUCUUACUCUUGGGACGCACAAACUCCGUCGCAUCCCAUUGAAUGCGAUGGCGCCACGCUGCGUAUCACGCAAAACUGCAUGGCUGCCCUGCGCCGGCUGAGGAGUAUGGGCGAUCUGACUUUGUGGAUCGAUGGGAUAUGCAUCGAUCAGACAUCCACAGCCGAACGCAGCUCUCAGGUUGCACUUAUGCGAGACAUUUACAAGCAAGCCGCGGAGGUGAUUGUGUGGCUUGGAGAAGAAGACGAGCCGAGUAAAAGGGCCAUUCGGUGUUUGGAAGACAUUGCUCUUAUGAGCGUGGACAAGGACCGCAUGGAGAGAUGUCUUCCCAUCCUGCUUGGCUUACAGGUGAAGAAGGACUCGGAUGAUCCGAUUGGCCCUCUGUUUAAGCGAUCUUGGUUUUCUCGCAUGUGGACUAUCCAAGAAGUGACUCUUCCCUCACAGCAAGUCGUG